GGGAACAAAGAAAAGUCCCUUUCAGGAAGGUCUGUGACAUUUGAUGGUCCAUCUUCUUUAAUAAAAAAAAAUUGAAGAGCUUAUAAUUUCCAAAAUAAAGCGGCUGCAACCAAACACAUUCAAUGCAGUUAGAAGGAAAAGGUCAACUCGAUCCAAUACAGACCGAAAAGGUGGACCUGGACUGAAGGGUGUAAAAUCCCUGGACACAUUCGUGGGGCAGGAUAAAGAAGAGGAAGAUUGGAAGAUUUUUUUUUUUUUUCCCCUUAAGAGAAAGCCCAACGGAGUUAAACGAAUGUCCCCUCAUCUCCAAAGGAAAGUUCAUCGGAUUUUUAUUCUAGAGAGCUCAUCUUCAGGAUGUCAGUGAACGUUUCUACUGCAGGAAAAGGUGUGGAUCCAAAUACAGUUGAUACUUAUGACAGUGGCGAUGAUUGGGAAAUCGGGGUUGGAAAUUUAAUAAUUGAUUUGGACGCUGAUUUGGAGAAAGACAGACAGAAAUUUGAGAUGAAUAAUUCCACCAGCACCACUAGCAGCAGCAACUCUAAGGACUGUGGAGGUCCAGCCUCCAGUGGGGCCAGUGCUACCGCAGCCUUAGCUGAUGGCCUAAAAUUUGCUUCUGUUCAGCCCUCUGCUCCCCAGGGGAAUUCACACAAAGAGACCAGCAAAUCAAAAGUGAAAAGGAGUAAAACUUCUAAGGAUGCUAAUAAGUCUCUGCCUUCUGCUGCCUUGUAUGGGAUUCCCGAGAUCAGCAGCACUGGCAAGAGGCAGGAAGGGCGCCCUGGAGAGGCAACUGGCAUGAAUUCAGCGCUGGGUCAAAGUGUGAGUGGCGGUGGCGGCGGCAACGCGCACAGCAACGGUACCAGCACCAGCACCUCCGCUGCCACCGCGGGGCCGGGCUCCUGUGGGAAAAGCAAAGAGGAGAAGCCAGGUAAAAGCCAGAGCAGCCGAGGCACCAAGCGGGAUAAGGAUGCGGGGAAAUCCAGGAAGGACAAGCACGACCUGCUGCAGGGCCACCAGAAUGGCAGUGGCGCCCAGGCCCCUUCCGGGGGGCACCUCUAUGGCUUUGGGCCAAGAGCAAUGGAGGUGGCGCGAGCCCCUUCCACUGCGGGGGCACUGGGAGUGGCAGCGUCGCCGCUGCCGGGGAUGUUAGCAAAAGUGCUCCGGAUUCAGGGCUCAUGGGAAACUGUGUGUUGGUAAAGAAGGAAGAGGAGGAGGAGGAGAGCCACAGGCGAAUCAAGAAACUGAAAACUGAGAAGGUAGGACAAAGUCGCCUUCCUAGAUGUCCCACUCUCCUGUGUGCAUCUGUGUGGGUGUGUGUGGGUGUGCCUCUGUGUGCCUUCCCCUAUGUGCUUUCUGGUUCUUUGUGAGGUUUCCGUGAUAUCCGUCCUGUCUGUUAAAAUUGGAUCUAGGGCUGCUUUCUUGGGUGCAGUGUUUGGCUCUUGCUUCUGCCGUUGCUGCUGCUACUGCUGCUGCUUGUGGUGCUAGUGUUUGGGUCCCCGAGUGAGAGGGUCUGAGAGUUCUAACUGCCUUUUACCCUACUGAUGGACCCCUGGCCAGUCAGCAAGUUGUCGUAUACUUUUAAUAGAAAACCUGCUUAUUCCCGCACUUGACUCUGGUCCUGGUUUCUCCCCUAAGGAGAACUGUCUUCUGUUUUAAUUUACCCGGUUUUGUUACUGCUACUAAGGUGUCCUUAGAUACGGAGUUCAGGUUCACUCUGGGGAAACUGUUGGAGGGGAUUCUAAUUUACAGUCCACCCUCAACUCAUUUUUUGUGUUCUUACUGUCUCCAAAGUAUUUCUCUCAAAGGAUAUCCCUCGGAUGAGUUCCUGUAAUUGGUCCUGAAUUAAACUCCUGGCUUGGUGUGUUAGGUCAUUGGUUUCAUAACUGUGCAGGAAAACUGGGAUGGUUUUGGUGCUGCUAGGACUCUACCUUGUUCCCUCACUCAGUUCUUAGCCAGAGAUUUAAGGAUGUUAUGGCUUGGGUUUGGAACUUCUCUAGAGAGCCAUUGGUAAGAAUAAAAUGGACCUGGUGGAUGGGAAGGCACGGCCAAAGUCAAGGUGGGCAGUGAGAGUGAAGGGGAAUCCUAGAAUUGUGUGGUGCUCUUGAACAAUAAGGAUAGUUGAUUUAGUCCAUUGGGACUCUUUCUCCCAUCUUCAUCAUUGUCUUAAAGCCUUGGACAACUGCCUCCAGUGUUG